CAGAUGGUCCUGCUGGUUGUACUGGGAUAAUAGCGGAGCGAGGCUUGUGGUGGCACACUGGAGUUUUUCAGCUUCCAACAUGUUCAAAAGUGGGCUGAAGAUCAUGGGGCUCACCCCAGAUCUGUUCCCUGAAACACCCCUGGUGCCGACCCUGCCCGCCAUAUCGUCGGCACGAGCCAACCACCCUCAGAAGCCGCGGAGGCGCAGCAGCGGAAGUGAGAGCGCUGCCAGGCCUCGGCCGUUGCGCUCGGCCCCCAGGCCAGGCCCCGGCAGAGGCAGCAUGGAGGUGGGCAUGCGCGUGGUGCGUGGCCUGGACUGGAAAUGGGGAAACCAGGAUGACGGCGAGGGCCACUCGGGCACUGUGGUGGAGAUCGGCCGGCAGGGCAGCACUACGACGCCAGACAAGACAGUGGUGGUGCAGUGGGACAGCGGCACUCGGACCAACUACCGCACUGGAUACCAGGGUUCCUUUGACCUGCUGCUUUAUGAUAACGCUCAAAUAGGCGUGCGUCACUCCAACAUCAUCUGUGACAGCUGCAAGAAGCAUGGCAUCAUGGGAAUGCGAUGGAAGUGCAAGGUGUGCUUCGACUACGACCUGUGCACCCACUGUUACAUGAACAACAAGCAUGACCUUGGCCACGCUUUCGAGCGCUACGAGACGGCGCACUCCCAGCCAGUGAUCUUGGCACCGAGGCAGAACCUCCCGCGGAUCAUCCUCAAAGGAAUCUUCCAGGGGGUUAAAGUGGUUCGUGGACCUGACUGGGAUUGGGGCAACCAAGACGGCGGGGAGGGUAAGGUUGGGAAGGUAGUGGACAUUCGCGGCUGGGACACAGAAUCUGGUCGCAGCGUGGCCAGUGUCACCUGGUCCAAUGGCACCACCAAUGUCUACCGAAUGGGCCACAAGGGCAAGGUAGACCUCAAAUACGUGUCCGACGGCCAAGGAGGCUUCUAUUACAAAGACCACCUACCAAAGCUCGGAGAGCACGCAGAGCUGCAGCGCCAGGAGAGUGCUGACGGCCACUCCUUCCUGCAGGGCGACAAGGUCAAAUGUCUCUUGGAGGUGGAGAUCCUGCGACAGAUGCAGGAGGGCCACGGAGGCUGGAACCCCAAAAUGGCUGAGUACAUUUGCCGGAUCGGGACUGUACAUAGAAUCACUGAUCGAGGAGAUGUCAGAGUCCAGUACAGCAACAACAUCCGCUGGACUUUCCAUCCUGGGGCCCUCACCAAGGUGAACACUUUUGGAGUUGGCGAACUAGUAAAAGUAUUGGAGGACAUCGAGAUUGUGAAGAGACUGCAGGCUGGCCAUGGAGAGUGGACAGACAGCAUGGCUCCUGUGCUUGGCCAGGCCGGAAAGGUGUUGAAAGUAUAUGCGGAUGGUGACCUACGGGUGGCGUUUGGAGGCCAGACGUGGACAUUCAACCCAGCGUGCCUCUCGGCCCAGACCGUGGAGGUGGACGCCAACCUCAUGACAGCCGAGAACCCCAACGAAUCUGGAAGUACUGUCAUCUCAGUGUUGGAGAAGCUGCUGUCUCAGUCCCCAGAGCAGGACAACCCCAGCCGGCUGGUCAUUGAGGCAGCACACGGCAGUGCCAACAAAGUGCGGGAGUUGGUGCUGAAGUAUCCUGACAAGGUGGAUAUAAAGAACCAGGGCAAGACUGCACUGCAGGUUGCAGCUCACCAAGGCCACAUGGAGGUGGUGAAGGCCCUGCUGCAGGCCAACAGCUCCAUCGAGGUCAAGGAUGAAGAUGGAGACACAGCAUUGCACUACACUGCCUUCGGUAAUCAGGCAGAGAUCACACGGCUGCUAUUGAGCAAGGGGGCAAAUGUCAACCUCCUAAACAACUCCAUGUGCACGGCGCUCCACAUUGCCGUCAACAAGGGCUUCACGGACGUGGUGCGAGUGCUGACUGAACAUUCAGCUGACGUCAAUCUCCAGGAUUCAUAUGGGGACACACCGCUCCAUGACGCCAUUGCUAAAGAUUUCCGCAACAUCAUCGAGAUCCUGGUCUUGGUGCCCAACAUUGACUUCACACAGCAGAACCACAGAGGCUUCAACCUGCUGCACCAUGCUGCCCUCAAAGGAAACAAACUGGCCACGGAGAAGAUCCUGGCCAGAGCGCGGCAGCUGGUGGACGUUAAGAAGGAGGACGGCUUCUCCGCGCUGCAUCUGGCCUCCCUCAACAACCACCGGGAUGUCGCCGAGAUCCUCGUCAAGGAGGGACGCUGCGACAUCAACAUCCGCAACAACCGGAACCAGACGCCGCUGCAGCUGGCCGUCACGCAGGGCCACGCCGACCUGGUGCAGAUGCUGGUGUCUGAGGGCGCCGACGUCAACAUGGAGGACGAGGACGGCGACACGGCCAUGCACGUGGCCCUCUCUCGCCCGCAGCUGGCCAAUGUUAUGCUCAGCCCCGCCGUGGGAACCGGCAGCACCGAGGAGAGCAGCGAAGGUUGCUCCUCCGCAUCGCUCCACUGCAGGCUGAGCGCCUCAGGUCUUUUGGGGACCACCGAGCUGAGCGUUGGCACAGCCAUUGCUUGUUUUCUAGCGCAGGAAGGGGCUGACAUCAACUACGCCAACCACAAGGGAAAGAGUCCCCUAGACCUGGUGGCCGACGGCCCCAUGCAGCAGCUCAUCAAGAGCUUCUCGGAGAAACACAGGUUGCAGCGUCUGCAGGCCAUCACAUGUGGGCAGGGCCUGAGCAGCGCCAGCCUGCGGCGGGUCCACACCACGCCGAACACCAUGACCAACCUGGUUCUUCCCACACCGCCGGGGCCCAGCGAAUGCCUCAUCUGCUCCGAGCUGGCUCUGCUGGUUCUCUUCUGCCCCUGCCAGCACAGCGUGGCCUGUGAAGAGUGCGCCCAUCGAAUGAAGAAAUGCAUCAAAUGCCAAGUCACAAUCACCAAGAAAAUUAGACAAGACCAAACGGAGGUGGAAUGCAGCCCCGGCACCGAGAACUCGGAGCAGCACAACCUGCUCGAGCAGCUGCAGUCUCGCUACCGCCAGAUGGAGGAGCGGAUCACCUGCCCCAUCUGCAUCGACAACCACAUCAAGCUGGUCUUCCAGUGCGGACACGCCUCCUGCAUCGACUGCAGCGCCGCGCUCAAGACCUGCCCCAUCUGCCGGCAGACCAUCCGCGAGCGCAUCCAGCUAUUCGUCUGAACAAACCCAAAGAGGAUGUCCAGGGGAGGGGGGGGUGGGCCUGGAGAGAAGAGUGGGCUGGGAGGGGCCAGCUGUUACCUUUUGACCCAGUGACCUACACCUGCUCAUCCCUCCCUCCUCUCCCCCCCUAAUCAAACACUUGCUCAGCCCAUAGGUUGCUUUACCAUAAGACGCUGUGUUACACCGCUGAGAGUCCACUGUUUGUUACAUUUUGAGUAGUUUCCCUCUCGAGCAGCGCCGCCAGAAAUAUGUCGUUAACGUUAACUUAAUUUUUCAACGUCAGAUCACAGCGAGCCCGACAGGAAGCAGACGAGGCAAAGUUGCGAGGCGCUGCUGCCUCUUUGAGUACUUUGAUCGGUAAGCCGGGAGAAAAAGGUCCCCCCACCUCCUCUUUUCCUCACUCCCGCCCAGCCUCCACCUCCUGUAAUCUGUCCUAUCUUUGCUGCUUUAAGUGGAUGUCUGUUACCCAUCAUCCUCUCUGGCUGUCUGGCCUCCUCUGUUUACAAGGCUGCGCAGAAUCAGUCCCCGUCCUCUCGCCCCUCAGCCUGUCCUGUGAAUUCUGUUUGCUCUCAUUUGUACCAGUCUCUUAAUAAUCAGUGUUAGUCUCUGCAGAGGGAGUUGGUAUAACUAAAGGCUCUCUAUAUAGUCCCCGACCACUCGCCUGUAUGCAAGGGGAAAUACACACUAUAUAUGCAUGAAUAUAUGCAUAUUGUAAAGCUGAAAAUGACUGUGUUAUCAUGGGUGAUUUGUCGAUGUUGUUUUAUUUCUCUCUGGUUACAUUUGUGGUUUUUUAAUGUAGCGAUCAGUACAGGUUUUUAUUUAUGUGUGAAAGGUGGUAUUACUUAGUAAUGUCCUUUUUUUUCAGUUGAUGUUUGCUUGGCAAAAAUGUUUUUUGUUUCUACUGAACUUCACCCCCAAGCCUAUGUCCUCUACUCAGGGUAUCAAAUCAAUGAAAGCACUUGUGAUAUCCAUAACAGGUUAAAGAGUCCCCCCCCAACACACACACACACACACACACACACACACACACACACACACACACACACACACACACACACACACACACACACACACACACACACACACACACACACACACACACACACACACACACAACAUUACAGAGCUACAGUGUAUCAGAUCAUUUUACUGGAGGAUCACAGAAAGAAAUGCUCAUAAAGGUGUGCAGUAGUGACUCCAAAUUCACUUUAUCAACCCUCAAAGUUUCAUUGUCAUCAGUGUAAUGAAUGUUUGUAGAUGAGUUUCUGCAACAAAACUGUCAUUUUCCUCCCAAAAACUCAAAGCAAUGUCCUUGAAGCAUCCAAGUCAGCUUUAAAGCAUUGUGUUGGUCGGCCUGUUUGCGUCUGAAGGCCACAGUUUUUCUCAUCUGACUGGUGUAGAGACCCCAACAAGCAGCGGAUACUCAUGUUUUGUUAUUUACCCACCAGAUGCAUUGUAAGAUAUAGAAUCAGAAGGGCAAAACAUGACAUUGUUUUGUUGCACCUCUAGUUCAACGUCUACUUUCCCAAAUGGACUCAUUUCAAAAGACCCCGCCACCUUUUUCUCCUCUGGAGUUCUGGAUUGUACAUCAUCUUCAUCCUUUCUAAUGUGUCGGUGUGUUUUCUUGAAGGGCUUAUGCAUAUGAAAAAAAAAAAAAAAUCCUAUCUAUUUUAAUUGUUAUUUAAUUUUUAUUUUCUAUAAUAAACUUCCA